AGACGUAUUUGAAAAGCAAAAUUUAUUAGUGUCCUCAGGUGAAGGCGUGAUUAUAGUUAAGCUAAAAUGUGAAUUAGUGUCCUCAGGUGAAGGCGUGAUUAUUGUUUAAGCAUUUUGCCCCAGAUUUGCGACAGUUUUCGCACAGAUUUGGUCGUGAUUUAGCCCAGACACUCACAAUUUGGUGCUCAUUCAGCUACCCCUGACAAAUUCGGUGGAGAUUAAUCCUUUUUCAUGAUAAAAUCGGCCACGAUUUAUCUUCUCUCGGACAAUUUUGGCGGGCAUUUUGAAGAAUUUGGUGAAGGUAGGCCGAGAUUAGAUUUAUUUAGAAUCUGGUUUAUAUGUUUCAAGUUUGUGUCCUGCUAUGCAAAAGUGCGAGGUCUUUCAGAAUUUGAUCGGCAUAAGGCUGUUGUUAGACAAUUUGGUCGAGAUUGAUUGUAAUAAACAUCAGAUUUUGUCAGUCCAUGAGAUUAUGUUGUAAAGCUUUUGGGAAAAUUGUCUGUCAAAGUUUUGAAUAAACGUUUGUGGAUCACACUCAGAUUAAAAAUAUCUGAGGGUGAUCUGGAGAAAACCUUGUGCCGUGGUUUACAAGUUAGGAGAGGAGAUCGGGGAAGACGGUGAUGGUUGGAGAUUUGCAGGAGUUAUAGAUGGGGAAGGUGAGCGUUGGUCCCGAGGUUGAUAGGGGACGAAGACAAGAAGAAUAUUAGUAAUUUUAGGAUGGCGAGGCUUAUAGGUUUAGGGAGGGCAGAAUCGGAUGAAUUGCCCCGCGAGAUAACUAGAAUACCGAGUGAAACAGGAGACAGUGGGUGGCUUAUUCGAUUUUUUGACUCGGCAUUCUUCUGUGAGUGGAUUGCGAUAAGCUAUUUGUACAAACAUGAUCAUCAGGGCGUCAGAGACUAUCUUUGCAAUAGAAUGUACUCGUUGCCCCACUCUGGAAUUGAGAGCUAUCUGUUUCAGAUAUGUUACAUGCUUGUGCACAAGUCCAGCCCUUCAUUGGACAAGUUUGUAAUCGACAUGUGCUCCAAGUCUCUCAGAAUUGCGCUUAAGGUGCAUUGGUUUCUGAUGGCAGAGGCGGAGGAUUCUGAGGAUAGUGAGGGGAUUAGCAGAGUGCAGGAGAAAUGCCAGAUUGCGGCCACCUUGAUGGGAGAUUGGUUGCCAUUGAUCAGGCCUCAAUCCAGUCCUGCGAGCCCCGGGAGUAAGAACCGAGUGCUCAAUAGAUUGUUUUCCUCCAAACAACGCCUUCUGUCUCUGACUUCAUCACCUCCACUGCAGAAGAAUCAAGCUUUGGCAUCGCCGCCUCCCUCAAAUGUGAAUACUGGUGCUACCGCUCAGGAGGAGAACAAAAUAGGUGCUGCAGAUGAAUCGGAGAUAUCCCUGAAAGUUCUGAAGAAACUCAUGCCUGGCUCAAAGGUGAGAGAUGCUCUGUUCAAGAGAUUCACAGAUAAGGAAGACGAAGAAGCAGAUAGAGCCAAGGAAACCUCAAAGGAAUCCGAACAAGAAAGUUUUUUUCGGAGGCUACUAAGAGACAGUAAAGAAGAGGAGGAAAGGACUGUACGCAAUGAAGAGCUUGCAAGUUCCGAUGGAUUUUUUAAGCGCCUUUUUCGGGAUAAGAGUGAUGCAGAAGAGAAGAGUGGGGUCAAAUCAGGGGAAGAAGAUGAGAAAGAUAGUUUUUUCCGCAGGCUUUUCAGGGAGAAAAAUGAAGAUCGUGAAAAGAGGGACGGGCAGGAUAAGGCUGACGACGAUGAAAAGGGCAAUGCAAGUUGUGAUGAAGAGGAGGGGUCUAAUUUCUUGUCAUUUCGAAGGUUAUUUAGAGUCCAUCCAGAAGACGAGAAAUCCUUGUCAACAGCUCUUGAGAAUUGUUCCUUAAAUACUCCUGAAAGUAGUCCUGGCACCGAGAGCUUUUUCAGAAGAUUGUUUCGGGACCAGGAUAGAUCUGUUGAAGAUUCAGAAUUAUUUAGCCUAAAGCGACAUAAAGAGAAGCGGCCAGGGUCCCCAAAGCGAAGUGAUAAGUCAUCUGCUAAACCGCCUUUGCCAAAUAACGUUACAUCUCAAAUUCGUAAAGGAACUUACCACGCAUCUUUGGAUUUUGUUCAAUCAUUAUGUGAUACAUCUUAUGCUUUAGUUGAUCUUCCAAUGGAAGAUCGCAGGAACUCCUUGCAUGAGUCAUUGGCGGAGAUCAAUUCCCACCUAACAGUUUCCCAAAGUAGUGGAGGUGUCUGUUUUCCAAUGGGAAAAGGUUUGUACCGUGUGGUUCACAUCCCAGAAGAUGAAGCUGUUCUCUUAAACUCCAGAGAAAAGGCACCUUACUUGAUUUGUGUUGAGGUUCUAAGGGGAGAAAACCAAAACUUGACGUCAGAAAACAAGGACAGUUCAUCUCAUAAGCUUUCCCGUGGUGGAAUUCCAUUAGCAAAUGGAGAUGUGCACUUGCAACGCCCUCCCCCCUGGGCUUUUCCACUGUGGAAUCAACAGGAUGUGCAUCGCAACAGUACUGAUCAGAUGUUGAGAUCAGCUUCCCAAGCCAUUGAUCAAGCAAUGACAAAUUUAUGGGAGACAAAAGUGAAAUUUGUACAUGUCAGCCUUUCUGUUAAUCAACAAAGUCAUGAUGUUCAAGGUUAUCUAGAGAAUAACAAACCUGGAAGCACACUUGAAAAUCCUACAAUUACCGAUCUUAAUAAGGACAGUGAAAGCAAUAUGACGAAAGAUGGAUACAAGUUGGGAGAUACAGGCAUUGUUGAUCAAGGUGUGGAAGAAUGGAUUACAGUUACUUUGACUGCAGUUCCUGGUCUGAAUAUGGAAGAUGUAGAAGAUCAAGAGAUAGCAGGAAGAAAGGACCAUCGCCGUGUACCAAGUACAAUUGCUAUGGCUGAAGUAAAGGCUGCCGCCGCCAAAGGAGAGGCUCCACCAGGACUUCCUGUUAAAAGAGGCAUUCAGGAUUCACUGAAUACACGUUCUGAGGCUAUCAGUAUUAGCCGACCAAAGGCAACAGAUGCAUUAGCAGGGGAGCUAUGGGAGGUGAAGAAGGAAAGGAUCAGGAAGGCUUCUAUCUAUGGCAAAUCAGCUGAUUGGGAUCUUCGUUCAGUUAUUGUCAAAAGUGGGGAUGAUUGCAGGCAGGAGCAUCUUGCUGUGCAACUUAUUUCGCAUUUCUAUGAUAUUUUUCAGGAAGCGGGCCUGCCACUUUGGUUGCGUCCAUAUGAAGUUCUUGUUACUUCUUCAUACACGGCUCUCAUUGAAACCAUUCCAGACACGGCAUCAGUUCAUGCUAUUAAAAGCAGGCACCCCAACAUUACAAGUUUGAGGGAGUUCUUUGCAGAGAAAUACGAGGAAAAUUCUCCAAGCUUCAAGUUUGCUCAGAGAAACUUUGUUGAGAGCAUGGCUGGAUAUUCCAUUCUUUGCUACUUGCUUCAGGUGAAAGAUCGGCACAAUGGAAACUUGUUAAUGGAUGAAGAAGGGCAUAUCAUACACAUUGAUUUUGGUUUUAUGCUGUCUAAUUCUCCCGGAGGAGUUAAUUUUGAAAGUGCCCCAUUCAAAUUGACACGGGAACUUCUAGAGGUGAUGGACUCCGAUGCAGAUGGUGGUCCAAGUGAGUUCUUUGACUAUUUUAAGGUCCUAUGCAUUCAAGGAUUUUUGACAUGUAGAAAACAUGCUGAACGUAUUAUACUUCUGGUUGAAAUGCUGCAGGACUCUGGUUUCCCAUGUUUUAAAGGUGGACCAAAGACGAUACAGUAUUUGCGAAAGCGCUUUCAUUUAAGUUUGACAGAAGAGCAAUGUGUAUCGUUAGUUCUUUCUCUUAUCAGCAGCAGCUUGGAUGCUUGGCGAACAAGGCAGUAUGAUUAUUAUCAGCGGGUGUUAAAUGGCAUCUUAUGAGAGUUCAAGAACAUUUCGUUCUUUGCAGUUCCGUGUUUCAUUUUCCUUAUUUGUUAAGGAAGUAUUCGUUUACCCUCACAGCAUGGGUGAUUGUACUAUAUGAUUUUAGUCAAGAAGCUUGAUGAUAUGAUUUUAGUCAAGAAGCUUGAUGGAGCCUUGACUCACAACAUUGUAUACAAAGUAACAUGAGAACAGAAUUUGAAGAGUAUGAAAAUACAUUCAUGAUUCUUCUCAUAGCUCGCAAAGAAGGCAAAAUGGCAGACAGAGGUUCUGGAAGAACAAAGGUCGAGCUGUUCAUGUGUAGACUUUAUAUCAUGUUUAUUGCCUUCAUAGUAUUACUUGAAUGCGGAACGAGGUCUCUGCAUCGGUUAUGUAAGGGAUUACAUUUUUUGGGUUGUGAGGAGGCAGUUUUUAUUAAGUUUGGCAUUAUGAUGUUUAUUUUUCCCAUUAACAGAAUAUUUGUUUUGUUCAAGUCCAAAAUCAAAACAUAUCAUGCAUUCUAUUUCGACGUGCUGACUGCCCUAGUCACAAAUACAUAAAAGUUUCAUUGGGCAUUUACUGCACCGUACAGUUCUUACAAUAUCAAAAUAUGCGAAAAAAGGGUUUCCCAAAAUUUCCUUGCUGCUCAGUCAUGGUGGCCACUGGCAUGGAUAUCACACCAUUUUAAGUUUGGAAAUGAAAUUGCAAGAGUAAAUGUGCUAGAAAUCAACAAAAUGCAAGUGAAUUUUUAUCUGGAUGGGGAAAAAUAUAAGAGUACCAACAAAAUCACUUGGAAGAGAUGAAAUGGAAGUUUGUUUCUCGAAAAGUAGGUAUCAUGCUGUAGAUGGAUCAUGGAUGUUUGUAAGGAAAGACAAUUUUGCUGGUGUUUUCCACUAGAAACUUUAUCCUUUACAUGGUUUGAUUUUGCAGGUUUUGAAUAUCAAGACGAGGCUCCAAUGCUUUUGUGACAUGUAUCAUUGAAUCUAUUAAAUAUUACUUCCCAUUUAUGGGUGUUCCACACAAUUUUUUAGAUGAUUAGAAUGGCACAGGGACCAACUUUAUGCAGUGGCCAAGAUCAAACAUUUAUUUUUUUGAUAUUCUGCCUACAUUUGUAGGAUUGGUUGGUAGCAUUUUUCUUUUCAGUCACAAUGGUAACAUAAAUUAUCCUA